CGAUUUAGACAUCGCAUUUUCAUAAGUUCCCAGCGAGUACUCGCUCGCUCCCUCAAUUCGAACAACCUGUAAUUAAGCUGGUCAAGAUCUGCUUAUAAUAUGGCGACACAGUUGUCAAAUUUCCGCAAUCUUGGGAAAAAGAUUGUUUGUGUCGGUAGGAAUUAUAAGGAGCAUGCUCUGGAAUUGGGAAACACGAUACCGAAAAUACCGUUGUUUUUCCUGAAAUCAACAAACAGUUAUGUAUCACAAGGACAACCUAUCACCCCACCGCCUGGUUGCAAGAUAUUACAUCAAGAAGUGGAACUUGGUGUGAUUUUCAGCAAGACAGCGAAAAAUAUCCCAUCUUCGCAAGCAUUUAAUUAUAUUGGUGGGUACACGGUAGCCUUGGAUAUGACAGCUCGAGACUUCCAGGAUGAAGCGAAGAAGGCAGGCGCACCCUGGUUCUUGUCAAAAUCAUUUGAUACUUCAUGUCCAGUAGGAUCUUUCAUCGAAAUCAACAAAAUUGCCAAUCCACACGACGUCGAGCUAUUUUGUCGUAUAAAUGAUGUAGAAAAGCAACGCUGUCGAACCGAUGCCAUGAUUUUCGACAUACCAACUUUAAUCGAAGUUUUAACGGAAUAUGUCACUAUGGAACCAGGUGAUAUGCUCCUCACGGGCACACCAUCAGGCGUAACAGCUGUGAAGCCUGGCGACUGGAUUGAAUUUGGUUUGGAAGAUAUCGCAUCGUUUAAAUUUUAUGUCCAGCAAAAAUCCGGUUUUCCGGCUUAGAUUCUUGUCUCUUGCGAGUAAUUAGUGAAAAUGAAGAUUAAAUGGCUAUUAAUUUAACGAACAGUCACCAAUAAUAUCUAAUUUAAACAGGAACGUUUGUGCACGAUAAAUGCGAGGUGCAUUCCAUUAUCGUCGGAUACAAAUACGUAUAAACAGAAAAGCAGACUACGUAUAUACAAAAAUACAUCAUUCGCGCUCGACAACUGCCUUGAUCUCUUCCAUCAUCAUCCAUCCUGACCAAGGAGGCAUUACAAAAUAAUUUCAACAAGGACGCAUUGAAAAAUGGUGAUAGAGGACAAUUUUGGAAUAACAGGGAUGAUAAUUUCAGGAAUAUACUAAAUCAACCAGAAAUGCAAGUAACAAUCUUUCAAUAGGAAUUAACUAAUAAAAUUGAUUGCUAUCCCCUGUACUUUGGAGUCAGAAAUUUCGUCUUGAAUAUGGUUUGUGUCCUUCUAAACAGUAAGAAAAAAGACAGAUUUCUUUUAAGACAAAGACAGAUUUCUUUCACAUUAAUAAAACGGGCAUGGGAAGGUAACGACUAAUAAGCAAAUGUAAAUGAAAUAAGAUGAGCU